AUGGCGCCGGCGGCUGGUACUACCAAUGCUGCUGCAGCUGUUGCCUACACUCAGAUGAUUCUGGACUAUAUGGAAGGCUUCCUGGUCUCCAAGGUAACAACACACACACACAUACACCCACAUAGGAUUCAAGUCCCAUUAUUGGCUACUGUUUGAUGUGUGUGUGUUUGACCCUGUCCCCUCUCUCCCCCAGACCCUGUGUGAGAUGGGUGUGUUUGACCUGCUGGCCUCGUCACAGCACCCCCUGUCUCUAGAGGAGGUAGCGCAGGGAAUCAGGGCCAGCCUGAGC